AUGCAACCAGCCCCGGGAGUCUCAGCGCCGAAACCGCUCUUCUUCAUGGAGCGACUGGGGCGACUGGUCUCACUAUACCGCCCACCGAAGAUAGAGAAAUCUAGUUCCAGCUCUACGAACAAACAACCGCGGCUCAUCAUCGUUGCUAGCUGGACAGAUGCCAGAGAUGUUCAUAUAGCCAAGUACAUCGUCAAAUACCAGGCGUUGUAUCCCAGAGCCCAGAUUCUGCUCCUCAAGAAUACGACAGCAGAGAUCUAUAGAACAUCACGGAUCGGGCCAGCCAUGAAAGCUGCGAUUCCUGUUAUUCGUGACGUCCACCCGCCAGGAACAUUGCCCUCGUCGCCCGAGGUCUUGAUUCACCUCUUUUCCAACGGUGGCUCCGGCAGCAUUGCCAAUCUCUAUGAACAGUUCGCCGCUUCAGCGGGUCCUGGCGAGCAUUUUCCCCGACAUGCCAUGAUUCUUGAUUCCAGCCCGAGUGUCUACAGUGUUGGCCAUGCGGUGACGUUCGUGAGCCUCGGCAUGUCGCCAUUCCAGCGGAUAGUAGCUACACCUUUCCUCUACAUCUGGGCUAUCGGAUGGUCCGUCUUAGUUGCCUUGGGCCUUGUGACCACGUCGGGUGACUGGGCAAAGGCUCAUAACAAUAAGCCUGUCGAGACUGAGGCCCACCGCGUAUACAUCUACAGCGGUACCGAUGUGUUGAUUGACGACAAAGGCGUCGAGAGCCAUGCGGCCGAUGCCGAGGCGAAGGGAUUCUCUGUUAAACUAGAGAGAUUUGAGAACUCGGCUCACGUGGCACAUGCCAGAACAGACGAGCAUCGGUAUUGGGAGAUUGUGAAGAAAACGUGGAGUGGAUUUUCUUGA